AUAUACUAUAUGUCUAUGGUUUGCUCCAUUUGCUCUUGACUCUUGUAGAUUUUUAAUUAAAGCCAGAAGAUAUAUAUAUAUAUAUAUGUAUGUCAGAUUGGUAUAUGACUGUUUGGUCCUGUCAUAAUAGUGAAAAGUAUUUGAUAUGUUCAUUUUAUACUGAAUAAUUGCCGCAAUAUGACUGAUGUGAAGAGUUUAAGGAAAGCCAUUGAGCAAUAUGAGACUCAGUUGUCACAAGUAAAUGCGACGCUGACUUCGACGCCAGUAGGCUCUAACAGAGACAACCUGCUCAGUCUAAAGUCUGAUAUUGAGGAACUGAUUUCCUUGACAAAAGAAAGUUUGCAAAGUCUUGAAGGAAAUAAUGCAGAAGAGAAGGGAGAAAAUGAAGAUCCUGAUGAUAAAAUGGAGGAUCCAUUGGACAAGGAAUAUGCUUUGUUCAAGGCAGAAUUGGAUCAAUCUUCAGAUGAUGAGGAAAGUACAAAGCAGGAUAACAGGACUGCCACAAACACUAAUAGCAUCGAAGAGGAAUUAAAGGAACUAGAAGGGAUGAAAUGCAAGGCUCCUUACGGCAGUAAUUGGUGCGGCACUGGUUACCAUAAUGCUAUGAUAUGCUCUAUUUAUAGAAACAGUAAUGAAAAAAUCAAAGAUAUCCAUGACAUUAAGGUCCGAGUCUUCUUUCUCAAUCCAACGCACAAGGAAAUGAUUCCAUGCCCAUACUUUCUUGAUGGAAAUUGUAAAUUUUCUGAUGAAAAUUGCCAUUAUUCUCAUGGCGAAAUUGUAGCAUUUUCGAGUCUGCAAGAGUACAAGGAUCCUGAUUUCCACAGCAUCAAAAUGGGAAGUCGAGUAUUAGCCAAACAGAAAAACAACAUGUGGCAUAGGUCUGUUGUUUUGAAAUUACCUGAAAAGGAAGGAGGUGAAUACAGGGUCAAGUUUGAAGCAAGUGGCAAAAUUACAGAAGUGAACUUACAAGAUCUUCUGCCACUCGGAGACGCGGAUUUGGAAAUGUCGGACACGUCUGACGACAGCGAUGAAGACGACUCUGAGCCUAAUUCACCUACACAGUCGGAGAUACAAUCAGUUCACAAGUCUCUUUUUACGUUACAAUCUGACGAACCUCUGGGAAAUUGGGAGCGUCAUACGCGUGGCAUUGGCAGCAAGUUAAUGAUGCAAAUGGGAUACGUAGUCGGUACUGGUCUGGGUAAACAUGGAGAUGGUAGAAUACAACCUGUCGAAGCAACGGUGCUGCCAGCGGGAAAAUCGUUAGAUCACUGUAUGGAAUUGCGUGAAUUCGCCGGCGGUGACAAAGACUUGUUCUCCGCGGAACGUAAAAUGCGCAAGCAGCAACAAAAAUUGGAACAGCAAAGAGAAAGACAAUAUCAAAAAGAGAAAGAGAGGGAGAAUAGCAAUGUGUUUAACUUCAUAAACAAAACUUUGGGUGAUAAACCUAAAGACGAUAAUGUGGCUGGUAGUUCGCGAAGCGGUAAAUUGAGGAAAGAGUCUAAUUACAAUUUAAAUGUAGCUAGCUUUCAAGUGGGAGAAAACAUAAGUCGACUGAAAAGAGAAUCCUCCAAGCUCAAAGAAUCAAUGUCAAGGCAUACCAAAGGCAGUGUGCUUUACAAUAAUAUCGUAAUGAAAUACAACGAAAAACAAAAAGAGCUUACUAAUUUAAGAGCCUCGGAGAAAAAUAUCGUCGCCGAACAAAAUCAAAGGAAGGAUAAAGCCAAGUUGACUAUAUUUUGAUACUGAUGAAGCAGCAUGCAAAAAAUAUAUAUGUAUUAUUAAACACAUCUGUAUAUAAAGUGAAUCUAAAUAAAAUGUAUUAUCGUCAA